ACAGUUUUCUAUAUAUAGUACUUAUCUAUUUAGUUAGAUGAAACAAGAUAUUCCAAAGACACAAAAUACUAUGGAAGACGGUGUAAUAGAAACUCCUAAUAUGUUUCCUCCAAUGAAUCAAAAUUCACAAGAUGAGUCCAAAAGAAAAGAUGCUAAAGAAAAAGAAGGGCUUGUCUCAACAGAAAAAGAUGAAAAGAUGAAACAAGAAGAAGAAGAAGAAGCUAAAGAAAGUUCAGGUGGUGGAGGUGUUAUUAGCAAUUUGAUAUCAACCUUCAUAACUCCUUCAAGUCCAAGAAAUGAGAAAGUUACUGCUCAAGAUGAAAGUGGAAAUGAAGUUCUUGAGAAAAAGGAAGAGGUUGAUCAAGAUGGUGGAGAGAAAGGGCUCAUCAGCAAUUUGGUUUCUAACUUCUUUCAUAAACGUGAAUGUGAAGGUGUGGUGGAGAAGGAAGAUGAAGAAAUCAAAGUUGAUGAAAAGAUUAAGAGAUUGAAGACAGAGAAUGAUGCUAAUGGUGGCAAUGGCGGUGGAGGCUUUAUUCAUGACAUUGUUUCUCAUUUACCAGAUGAUGCGGCUCCAACAGCAGAUGAGGCAACUAUUUUGAUUAACUCUCUUGUUCGUGACUAAGGAAACAGAGCAAUUCCUUUAUGAUCACAGGGCCUCAUUGCCCCAAAAUGUGAUUCUUUUGCAAUGUCAUGUAUUUUUAUUUGUAUUUUUUGAAAUUUGUAAUGUCAUGUAUUUACUCCCUGCUUUUCAUGACAAAAAACAAUUAAAAUUGUGCACAAGUUCUUUGAUA